GGGAGCAAAGGUAAAGAGUGGGAAAUAAAAUUAUACCCGCUAAUUAAUACGACGCCGUUUUAUCUGAUGCGUAGCCCUAAAUCCUAAUUCCCAAACACACACGAUGCUCCCCACUAUCCGCCUUCGAAAUUUCCUCCCUUUCUCGACGUUACUGGACCAGCGUGGUUGCUGUCACCGGCGACCGGCGAGCAAGCUGUCUGGCCUCAUCAUCACCUGACCAGCGCGGAAAAGAAUUGGUCUUUACAAAGUAAUUGCAGUCGGAAUAGCCUACUCUGAAGUUCACGGCUUAGUUCUUACCCAAGGAACAAAUGGUAGGAUGUACAACGAUGGGGAAAAGAAAUGGUCUUUACAAUGUAAUUGCAGCUCGAUUCUACUCCAGAAUCGCUCCUCCACCACCCGCAUACGCCCAACCAGUCAUUAGAGUCACCAACAAUGUAGCUCAUCUGGGUUCCCCAAAAGAGGGUCCGAAGCCCCGGCAGCUUCUUUCCUUGCCUCCGUUUCCCGGUCUGCCUCUCCCCGGGAAGAACUUGCUUGGUGAUCCUCGGCGUCUCACUGCCAUCAGCUGGGUCAAGUAUUACUUCAAUGACAUGUCUGGUGAAAAUAUCGAAUCCCAUUUCAAGAAGGGCCUUGUUUACGUGGAAUGCCAAAGUUCUUGUGAUUCCUUUGAAAUUAAAGGAUUGGGGAAGUUGGUGAGAAAGUGUGUCUGCAGAUUAAGCCUCAUGAUGCAAUGGAAGAGGGAGCUAGAAUUCAUGUUCCAGUAUCAAUUGCCGAGUCUAGGAUCUCGAAGAGAUUUGACACCAUCCCAAGUGGUACUUUAUAUCCAAAUGCAGAUGAGAUCGACUACUUGCAAAGGCUUGUGAAGUUCAAGGAUGCAGCUCUGAUUGUUCUAAAUAAGCCUCCAAAGUUGCCAGUACAGGGCAAUAUGCCUGUUCAUAACAGUAUGGAUGCAUUGGCUGCUGCUGCUUUGUCUUACGAUUAUGACGAGGGACCCAAGUUGGUUCACCGGCUAGAUAGGGAAAGCAGUGGUCUCAUCUUACUAGGACGAACCGAAGAAAGUGUAUCUCAUCUUCAGUGGCUAUUCAGCAACCUCAAUAAAGCAAAAUCCCGAUGUAAGGCCUGGAAUGAUGCCUGUGAAGCUACAUACCAACGAUACUGGGCCUUAGUUAUAGGCUCCCCGAAGGAAAAGGAAGGCUUGAUUUGUGCUCCUCUUUCAAAGGUCCUUCUUGAUGAUGGUAAGACAGAGCGAAUUAUCUUGUCUGGUGGGUCUGUUUUCGAACCUUCGCAAGAGGCUAUAACAGAAUAUCGAGUCUUAGGUCCUAUGAUCAACGGAUGCUCGUGGCUCGAACUUCGCCCAUUAACUAGCUGGAAGCAUCAGCUUCGUGUCCACUGUGCUGAAGCGCUGGGUACUCCAAUCGUGGGGGACUACAAAUACGGCUGGUUCGUGCACAAGAGAUGGAGGCAAAUGCCUCGAGUUGACAUCGAGCCGACUUCAGGGAAGCCAUACAAAUUGCGCAGGCCAGACGGUAUAGAUGUUCAGAAAGGAAGUGUGAUGUCGAAAGUCCCAUUGCUGCAUCUCCAUUGCCGGGAGCUCGUCCUUCCCAACAUCGCGAAGUUCAUGAACGUCUUGAAUCAGAGAUCGGAAUCUCAUCACCGGCCUACUACGACGAGUGAACCAUCCGAUCUUCUCCGGUUUGUGGGCGCAAUGCCAAACCAUAUGAAAAUUAGCUGGAACCUCAUGUCAUCUUGUUUGGUGUGAAAGACAACUACUAUUAUGAACACGAUCAACAAACCGAAUCCUAAACGAGCAUCAAAACUGGUCGGGUCGUGCAUUC